AUGCCACGAACAUACGAUGAAGAAUGUACAUAUAUUGAGCGUGUUACGGAUGUUAUGUUCCGAAUCAAGAAAGGAUUUGUUCCAAACAUGAAUGUUGAAGGGCGCUUUUACGUCAAUAAGGCUUUAGAAAAACUGAUGUUUGAGGAGCUGAAAAACGCUUGCAAAUCAGAUGGGAUUGGUGGUUUUUUACCUGCAGUACGCCAAGUUGGAAAUGUUGCGGCAUUGCCAGCAAUUGUUAAUGCUUCUAUUGGUUUACCAGAUAUACAUUCUGGGUAUGGUUUUGCUAUUGGAAAUAUUGCAGCUUUUGAUGUUUCUAAUCCAAAAGCUGUCGUAUCCCCAGGUGGUGUCGGCUUUGAUAUUAAUUGUGGCGUACGUUUAAUCAGAACUAAUCUCUCUGAGAAAGAUGUUCAACCUGUGAAGGAACAACUUGCUCAAUCGUUAUUUGAUCAUAUUCCCGUAGGUGUUGGAUCAAAGGGUAUCAUUCCGAUUGGAGCUCAACAGUUCGAGGAGUGCCUUGAAAUGGGUAUGGAUUGGACAUUGCGAGAAGGCUACUCUUGGGCAGAAGACAAAGAACAUUGUGAAGAAUACGGGAGAAUGCUUCAGGCUGACACUUCGAAAGUUUCUCCUCGGGCCAAAAAGAGAGGCCUUCCACAACUGGGGACUCUUGGAGCAGGAAAUCAUUAUGGAGAAGUACAAGUUGUUGAUGAAAUAUACGAUGAAUAUGCUGCUAGCAGAAUGGGUAUUGACAGAAUAGGUCAAGUUUGUGUAAUGAUUCAUUGUGGCAGCCGAGGGUUAGGUCAUCAGGUUGCCACAGAUUCUCUGGUAGCCAUGGAGAAAGCAAUGAAAAGAGACUCAAUUAUUGUCAAUGAUCGCCAGUUGGCUUGUGCACUGAUCAAUUCGACAGAAGGCCAGGAUUACUUGAAGGGUAUGGCAGCUGCUGCUAAUUUUGCCUGGGUGAACCGAUCCUGUAUGACUUUUUGUGCGAGGCAGGCAUUUGCAAAAGUCUUCAGCAUAUCACCAGAUGAUCUUGAUAUGCAUGUUAUAUAUGAUGUUAGCCAUAACAUUGCUAAGAUCGAGGAGCAUCUUAUUGAUGGCAGACCGAAACAGCUAUGUGUCCACAGAAAGGGUUCUACACGCGCUUUUCCCCCUCAUCAUCCUCUUAUACCUGUCGAUUACCAACUUACAGGUCAACCAGUAUUGAUCGGUGGGACGAUGGGUACAUGUAGUUACGUUCUAACAGGUACACAACAAGGCAUGAAUGAGACUUUUGCAACCACUUGUCAUGGGGCGGUAAUAAUUUUUGAUUUAAAAAAUAUUUUUAUUUUUUCAAUGUCUGUUAUCAAUACACAAUUGUUUGCAAAAAAACAGGAAAUUCAGGGUAGAGCAAUGGGUAUAUCAAUUCGUGUCGCUUCUCCAAAGUUGGUUAUGGAAGAAGCUCCGGAAUCUUAUAAAAAUGUAACUGACGUAGUGAAUACUUGUCAUGAAGCGGGUAUCAGUAAGAAAACUGUAAAAUUACGACCAAUUGCUGUAAUCAAAGGAUAG